AUGGAAAUUGCUCCGAAUGACAUAACUGCAUUGCUGCAGACUUUACGGGCACAAGACUAUGCGGUGCUGCAGCUGCCCAUCGCAGUUGCGCCAAGGAUUGAUCGCACGUCUGUGCAUGAAGCCUUGCAAGGGAGAGAAAGAUGGCAGCCAGAAUUUCCGGAGUUUGAGAAUGACACUAUGGGGCGUAGCUUUUUGCAGAACAAGGUGUCUUGGCUAGAUGAUGGAGAUGAUGGUUUGGCGGAUAUUUGCAAGGAAUUAGUCGAGCUCGCUGAAGUGGUUGCAAGUAUUACUCCAGAUCUUGGUCUUCCUUCAAGUGGGAGGACCCGGGUGAUGGCACAUACUGCAAGCACAGAUGAGGACAAAAAGCAACUGGCCUUACCUGCCCAAGGCAUCAAAGUCGAGGCUUCAGUGCUGCAGGACCGCCUUCUGUUUAGAGAGCAGAGGAAGGUGUGUAUUCUGCACAUAGUUGGGGGCUCCGAUGGAACUCUGACUCUACAUAGAGAAGGAUCCGAUAUUCCAGUGAAGUGCCAGGACGGAAUGACAUUAGUCUUCCGGCACGACAUUUUCGACUACAGCUGCUUGGUGAAAUCUCGGGCAGCAAAACCUCCGACUGCAGUUGCACCCGGCAAAACAUCGCCACCAGGUUUCGAACCUGUUAAGGAUCAACAUGCUUUGCAGGAACGGAGCUGA